UUUUGAAAUGAGCGGAAGUGGGUGUGCUGCCUGUCUCUACGGUUAAAAGAGCUCAGCUGUAGCUCUGUGGCUAGGUUUGGUUGGCAGUAGGUUGUUUUUCCUGAAAGCCGCCUGGGGUUCACUCGUCGCCGCUGAACUCCGCCACUGCAAAAUCGGUCAUUACAGCGGCACAACAGACGGAUAACAGGUUACAGGUUUGUUUCCUUUUUUUCCUAAAAAAAAAAGGUAAAUUAUAGCUGGUCGUAACGUCACGUUUUGUAUCUGUCAGCCAUGUUACUGUAUAUCAAUCAAUGAUGCAGCUAGCCACAGUUACCGUGUUUAUUUUUAGCAGCUAACCUUCGCUGACUGCAGCGCAAUCAAACUGAGAUUUUGGCCUCGUUUACUCGCUUUAGUCGAAUAUUGUUGAAACCACGGUGCUUACAUUAACAGAGAUAUUAAACACUGUAUAUCUGGGAAUCUGCAUCCAUAAAAUAAUCGCAGUUUGGCUGAUUUUUCACCAGUGUUUGUUAGCGCUGUAGCUGGCAGCCGCUGCUGUGGUAAAGCUAAGAGGAAGCUAUCGAGUUUUGAUCUGGCCGUGUCCUCCAUUCACAAUUUAAGACAAGGCCACAAACGACAAGCCGAAAUGUAACGUCACUACUUUUCACAAAUCAUACAUGCAAAGCAGUCCGUCUGAAGCGAAUUUUGAAGUUUAUUUUUCCUUUUAUUAAGAAGGUGAUGCUUCUGUAGCAUGCAUGAGAGUAAACGCUAACAGGCGAUAUUACUACAAUACAUCCCUGAAUGCAUCACCCUGCCCAGGCAUGUAUCCAUAACGCGUGCUAUAUUGCGUCAUGAUGCACAGGCCUGCGCCCAGUUUUCUUAUAAUGUCUUUAGUCUCACUAGCAACAUGGCAAGAACCUCAUUUCUACUAUUGGCUGUAUUUCUAGUGAUUGUUUAUCAUGUGUCAACUACUGAGGGAUUUCCACUAGAUCAGUAAUCAUAUCAAACUAACACAACUGCACUCAUAUGUGUACUCCUGCCUACAGAUGGACCAGCAGGACCAGUCCUAUAUGUUUGCCAGUCUGAAACGGCCUCACUCAGAACAGCUGCUGCAAGGCCUCCAGCUCUUGCGGCAGGAUCAUGAACUAUGUGACAUCGUCCUGCGUGUGGGUGAUGCCAAGAUCCAUGCCCACAAAGUAGUACUGGCCAGCAUCAGCCCAUAUUUUAAGGCCAUGUUCACAGGUAACCUAUCGGAAAAGGAGACAUCUGAGGUGGAAUUCCAGUGUAUUGAUGAAACUGCUCUACAGGUAUGUUUUUUUCCAGCAGACACCCCCAAUAGCACUGAUUAACUGCUGUACCAUUGCAUUUGUUUAUGUGACUCCUUUUCUCUCUCUCUUCCAGGCCAUCGUUGAGUAUGCCUACACUGGGACUGUGUUUAUCUCCCAGGAAACAGUGGAGUCUCUGCUACCAGCUGCCAACUUACUCCAGGUUAAGCUAGUACUAAAGGAGUGCUGCUCCUUUUUAGAGAGCCAAUUGGAUGCAGGAAACUGUAUAGGCAUCUCCCGCUUUGCAGAGACAUAUGGCUGUCAUGAACUGUGCCUGGCUGCAACAAAGUUCAUAUGUGAGAACUUUGAGGAAGUUUGUCAGACUGAGGAGUUUUUUGAACUGACAAGAGCAGAGCUGGAUGAAAUUGUGUCCAAUGACUGCUUAAAAGUGGUCACAGAGGAGACUGUGUUUUACGCUUUGGAGUCAUGGAUCAAAUAUGAUGUAACUGAAAGACAGCAGCAUUUAGCUCAGCUGCUGCACUGUGUCCGCCUUCCACUCCUCAGCGUCAAAUUUCUCACCCGCCUAUAUGAAGCCAACCACCUUAUACGAGAUGACCAUGCGUGCAAGCACCUGCUCAACGAGGCCCUUAAAUAUCAUUUUAUGCCAGAGCACCGGCUCUCCUAUCAGACUGUGUUGUCAGCACGGCCCAGGUGUGCCCCAAAGGUGCUGCUUGCUGUGGGAGGCAAGGCUGGACUAUUCGCAACCUUAGAAAGGUAAUAAUAACCUCUGCACUGGUUAUGUCUUCUUUAUGUGCUGUGAGUAGAUUCAUACUAAUUGGAAAACGUGUCUUUUUGUCUUUCAGCAUGGAAAUGUACUUCCCUCAAACAGACUCAUGGAUAGGACUGGCUCCUCUAAGUGUUCCUCGAUAUGAAUUUGGAGUAGCAGUACUAGAUCACAAAGUUUAUGUCGUGGGAGGCAUCGCUACACACAUGAGACAAGGCAUAAGCUAUCGGAGGCAUGAGAGCACGGUAGAGAGCUGGGACCCUGAAAGUAACACCUGGUCCACAGUGGAGCGUAUGGCAGAGUGUCGCAGCACAUUAGGGGUGGUGGUCCUGGCUGGUGAACUGUAUGCCCUUGGAGGCUAUGACGGCCAGUACUACCUCCAGUCGGUGGAGAAAUACGUCCCCAAGUUGAAAGAGUGGCAGCCUGUGGCACCCAUGACGAAGUCCCGCAGCUGCUUUGCUACGGCUGUGCUGGAUGGCAUGGUGUACGCUAUUGGAGGCUACGGCCCAGCGCAUAUGAACAGGUAAUACAAUGAACAAUACAAAUGGAAGUAUAAGGGUGUUGUGGGCUUGUUGGACAGUGUGUCUGUUUGUCUUGUUUUCUCGUCUGUUAGUUCAUCUGAAAAUUGACCCUGUUUUGUGUGUAAAUGUGAUCUUUUUGUAACUUCCUGGCAAGUUAUUCAUAUUGAACAUGUUGCAGAGGGCUAAAGUCAUCUGCUGCUCAGCUUCUGUAUUCCCAUGAUGUUGACACCUCUUUUGUCAAAACUUUUACCUUUUCACUGUAGCUUUUGUGUUUAUUCAAAGAAAGCCACUCAGGACCAAAUCCCUGAAUUACUUUUCCUUACUCCGCCUGACAUUUGACUUCAGUAACGUGACACUGUGAACUCUACACACCUUCUUUUCUGAAAUAAAAAUAGGUCUUAGUAGGUAUCUGGCAGAGAAGUGAAGGAUGUCAAGUGUUGCUGAGAAAACUGCAGAGCCCUGUUAAUGAGUGAAGAGGAGUAAAGACAGAAGUGGUUGCUAAAGUUUCAUCGAGAGGGUGGCUGACUGUGUGCUGCUGGUUAGACCUCUGUUGUUGCCGUGGAUCUCUGGAGAGCUGCGUCUCUGUUGCUUGUUUCCUUGACUCCUGAAACCCCUCAGGAGAAUGUGUUUGGACAGAAAAUCUUUGGGGACUAUUUUCUCAUCUUUGCCCCAUGGACUUUAUGUUCCUGCGUGCUGCAAAAUAAUCCCAGAUUGCUGUUGUUCUGAUCACUGUCAGAGGGUCAGAAGAUUCAUUUGAGUCAUGUCAUGUUUGUUAAUUUGUCAGUGCUGUUUGUGUGUGUGUGUGCGUGCGUGCGUGUGUGUGUGUGUGUGUGUGUGUUUGAGAUGAGGUUAGCUAAACUGAAAAACUGUUAAAAGAGAAUUGGCAUUGGUCAUAUGAAGCCCUUUGUUUCAGAUUUGCAUGUAGAGUAGGGUCGAAACUCAUAAAUUCUGUCUUAGGGAAGCAUACAACUUGUUUUAUUUUUAUGUGUAUUGCAGACCAAUAGGUGCAAACACAUAUUUAGCAGUGUUUCAUACAGUUUUCAAUUGCCUGACAAGUUUUUAAAAUUGUCCAGAUACCUCCUGUGUCGUGACCAGUAAGGUACAAAAGCUUUUGUUUUUAUCUGUUGAUGUCAUUGCAAUUGAAACUAAUGAAUGAUUUCUGGACACUGGUUUUUUUUUAGGGUGCAUUGCAUAAUUUAUAGAAUAUUUUAUACGUAUAUAAUGAGGGGAAAAAAACACAGUAAUCAUAAUUUUGUUAUAAUAAUCAAAUAAACCUGAAUAAAAAAAUCCAUAAUGAAAAAGGUCGGAGGCAGGAGAGGUUGGUGCCUUCUGCUGCUCGUACAAAAUGCUCAAAUGCAAGUCUCAAGCUUCAGUCUGAACUUGUCUUGAACAAGCUCAAGACUGAAUCAGUUUUUAUUCAAACUUUUGAAAUGUUUUGAAAGGUUUUGUUUAACUUGCUGCAUCUGUUCAACACAGUGUGGAGCGGUACGACCCCAGCAAGGAUGCCUGGGAAAUGGUAGCCCCCAUGGCAGACAAGAGGAUUAACUUCGGAGUAGGCGUCAUGCUCGGCUUCAUAUUUGUGGUAGGGGGACACAACGGCGUAUCACACCUGUCCAGCAUAGAGAGGUAUGAUCCACAUCAGAACCAGUGGACAGCAUGUCGGCCCAUGAAUGAACCCCGCACUGGUGAGUUGAUCACGUUUUAGUAAAAAUGUCAAUUUUCAGCACUUAGAGUCCAGUGAAUUAACUCAAUAUUACCAUCACCUUGUCUUGCAGGUGUGGGCUCUGCCAUCGUGGACAACUACCUCUAUGUGGUGGGAGGUCACUCCGGGUCAUCUUACCUGAACACUGUCCAGCGCUAUGACCCUAUUUCAGAUAGCUGGUUGGACUCUAGCGGCAUGAUGUAUUGUCGAUGCAAUUUUGGUCUAACUGCCCUUUGACCCAUGGCCCAGCCAGCUAGGACCCUAUGAGAGACCUUAGACACAAAGACAUUUCUUUUUUCUUUUCUUCCCCUACAUUCAUCCUCCAGAUGCAGAGGAGCGCUGCACACAGACAUGAACAUCAGAGGGUAGAGAGCGCCUGCAGGGUGGAUGGAUGUGCUGGGCUAGCUGGCCGGCUAAACGAGAAACACAGCUGUGAUAGCAGAGACAAGAAAGAGCUGCAAAGCUGUGUUAAAAAAGAGAGAAAGAUUGUUCGUCAUGGGACCGAGGAGAUGACUGCUCUACUGCUGCUGGACCACAACAAGGACUCUGAGCCAUUUCCCAGAGAAUUGUGGGGGAAAACUUGUCACUUUUGUUCUGAGAUUACGUUAGCAGACUUUUUUUUUGUUGUCCUUCAUGCCAUUAAUUAUGUUGAACACACCUUUUUUAAAUUUUCCUGCUGCAACUGGAACCACGUGUUCAAGUUUUGUGACACACAGCAGUUUGCUGGUGUUAAUGUAUGUUUAUGUGUCUGUAGGCCAUGUAGCGUGUGUGUCUGUGUGUAUGCUUGAGGGGUACAUGCAUGUCCGAUAGGAUUGUUUGUUUGGGUACGUGUCUGCGUGCAGAACUGAUGCUCGGGCUCAGCGUCGCAGAAGUUCUGCAUCCAAAUCAGUGCUUCACAAAAUAGAGAAAAGUUUCAAUCUUUCUAUUUUCUCCGAAAGGGCUGCCUUUUUCUCUCCUGUAAAUAGUCUAAAUGAAAUAUAUAGAUAUGAAUAUAUCCUCUAGUGCAUUGCCUGUAAAUGUUUUUCUGCACUGGGUCACUAGUGUGUGUGUGUGCGUGCGUGUAUGUGUGUGAGUGAAUGUGUGUUUUGUGUAAUUUCAAGGGUCAGUGUAGAGGUGAAUGACAAAUUCUCCUGAGAGUGUUUGCCACUAGUCUCUUCAUCCUCAGAGCCAUUAAACAUCCCUGUGCUUGAUCUUCUGUUACAGCUCGUUUGGGUCAGGUCAUGAACCCGCUUCUUUUAACAAUAGUUGAAAUCGACCUUGGCUCUUUUCACCCUUUGGUCUGAUCACAAUACCAACUGGUGCUAUAUUUAGGAUUCAGGAUUCAGCUGUUUGUCUGUGUUGCCUCAUACAACUAGGUCAACCUCUGUUCAGCCUCUGCCACAUCACUGCGUUAGAUAUUCUGCUCAUGUGCGUUUUAAUUAGUGGAAUUAAAGACCCACAAUCAUGCAAUUGAAUGAAGCCCUACCAACAGAGGAAUCUGUGCUAGAAUAACAAAAGAAUUAGGUUCUCAUGUAGCUUCAUCCUUUGCUCAUAAUUUACCUGAGUUAGCACACUUUUUCCUCUAAACUGCCCCUGCUGCAAAAUAUGAGCAUGUUUUGUCUUCAUGUCAGUACCUGCUUCCAGUGCAAUUUCACUUGUAGCUAUGAAUAUGACUUUUUCUACCUGUGAUUGAGCCUGACACCUGCUCUCUGCGCCCAUCACCAUGUGAUUGUCAUGUUGCCUCAGUCUUGCUUGCUUGCAGGUUCAGGUAUGAGCUAAUUUUGUUCACAGCUUCAUGUAAAGUGCCAAAUCCUGACUUUUUUUGUAUCACCUCUAAUUCUAGAUAAAUCUUCCCUUCUGUGCCAGUUCAAAUGUUUUUGUCACCCUUAUUGCUAAUGUGUAAGCGUCACAUUCUUCCAUGCUAUCAUAAGGAUGGACAAUAACGAACCAAGGGCUGUGCUGGACAACUCAGGCCAUGUUGCCACCGUCACCUGUUCUGUGUCCUGUGAGGAAACCCAGAGUGUUCCCAUGAGUGUGCCUGAUUCACAGAGGGUGUCACUCUUUGCAGCCCUGGCAACUGGUUUAAUGAACAGGUCAAGCAAUGCACAGCAAUAGAGGGGGGCACGAAACAAGUCAAGGCUGGGUGUGUUGUGUUUUGUUGAGUGGCUGUUAAUGUCCAAGUCUAGUUUGAGUUGCUUAGUGCACUGAUGUUUGCACGCAAGUGGAAACUUUAACCGAGCUCUGCAUUGCACUUACCAAACUAUUUGAUACAUAUUGUAGUUUGUACAUAUGUUUUAAUUUAGGGUAAUGGCAUUUAGAUAAUGCAAUAAGACUUCUGUUUUUCCUCUGUGGAUGAAAAUGUUUUGUGUUUUGUCUCUCUAAGAAGCCAAGGCAUCUCAUAUUGCUGUAACAGAUCCCAACAUGGCACGUCAGUUUGUUCACACUGAAACAUCAUGGUACCUUUUGGACUUUGCUUCAUCCCACUUGUGUCGUUUUCUCUUGUGUGUGCUUGUUAAUUUUUACUCGGCUUUAAUUGUAACAGAAUGAAAUGGUUUGAUUGAAUUUAAGGCCAAAAUUAAUGUCCACACAAAAGAAGCUUUUUUCCCCCCACAGACAGAUAUAAAUGCUAGACCAGAACUAGACAGGUGAUCUUCCACCUUCCUCUUGUACUCAAUCCUUGAUGUGUACUUAAAUUAUGGAAACCAUUACAUCAGACAGUAACUUCAACAGUAUCUGCCUUUCAAAUUGGUCAUUGGUGAGAUAUUUAGUUAGUUGCUGUUAACCAUAUUGAGUACUUUACUUUGGGUUUCUGCUUUAUUUUGAGAGUGUCAUAUAAGGGUGUUGUUGCACAUGUGUCAUUUAUUUAGAAAAGUGUGACUGGCAUUUUAUUUGAUAUGUAUUGUCACAAAAAUUAUAAUUUGUACUGCUAAUGUCCUAUAACCUGUUUUGCUGACUUAUUCUGUGUUCAGUCUAUUGUCCGAGACAUUGUUAGUCACUGAACAGCCACAGCACAGAUCACGCAGGCGUAAUUAUGUGCUGCAGCCAUGAUACAUCCAGCAUCAAUGUUGUGUACAAUGUCAUGAUUGCUCAAGUGAAUACUAUCUGCAACUUUAGAGAAUUUUGGAGUAACACUGAUGAAAAUCUGCAAACGUGAAUCUGCAAAAUGAAGGGAUGUUUGAAUUGAGUUUGUACGCAUUCUUCUUAAGACCUAUCUAAUGUCAUGUUUUUGCCACCACUCUCACCAAAGUGCUUGUUCAAAGAAAGUGGAUGGAUGACUUACGCCUGGUCUGCAGUGGACUGUUUGUGUCUGAAAGAAGAAUUCUUUGAAACUGAUGUCAAUGUUAGCCAAAUGACCACUCUGCUUCUUUUACAUUUCCCAUAGUGUGUCUGAAAUGAGGUGAUGAUCUUGAAUUUUCUAUCCUGUGGAUCAAUACUGGAAGUACAAGAUAACCCUAGGUGUAGAAACAGUAGCUUUUCACAUUUGAUCAUGUUUUGAAUGAGGACAUUUUACAUACAUUCAGUCAGUUUGUGUGGUGCAGUUGUACCCAGUUUAAAAUAAAUGCCUGCCUUAUAGGGCACUGUCUGCUUUUGUGCUUUUGUCUUGUUAUAGCCAUCCAUGCAAGUGCAACAAAAUAAACCAACACGCGUAAUCCAAAA